GACGCAUCGAACAAGAUCAUACCCCAAAGAGCUGGAGACCUUGGCUGUAAACAAGACUACCCUCUCUCUCUCUCUCUCUCUCUUUCAAAAUAACCCUUCUCUCUCUCUCUCUUUCUUUCUAUUUGUAUAUAAUUUCCCCCCCCCCAUUCCUCAUGAAUAUAAACAAUCAGUCAUUUGCGUUGUAUAGCAAAGAAAAAGAAAAAAAAAGCAUGCAUGCACACACGCAUCAGACUUGUUCACUUGCCAUGUUUUGAUUGAUUGUCCUUUUGCAACUCAAAAAUAAAAUAAAAUCAUGAGACCCUCUAUAUCUUUGAUCCAAGCUCCGCUUUUUGUGUGCUUGUUGUUGUUGUGCGGGCUUUCUAUUCUUUGCAAUAACAUUAAAUUGUGUCGUUCUUCUUGUUGUUGUCACGAAAAUAAUAUGGGAAUCUCUGUGGCAAGAGCACUCGUUUAUGCUGCCGGCAUUAUCGGCACUGGCUAUGGCUUAAUGAAGUUCACCGUACCCAAUGAACAAGAAAUGAGACAGCGUCUCGAUCCUCAUUUGCGCGAAGAAUAUGACAAGGCUAAAGCACGCAACCAACAACAGCACCAAGCACUCAUGGAACACAUGCGACUAGCAGCGCAAUCCGAUAAGCCUGCUUGGGCUUCGGGCUCUGUUCCUUCGAGCAACGAUAAACCCGCUUCUCCAUAACCCCAAAAUGCUUGUAUAUAAAAAAAAACGGGCCACAUAUAAAUAUAUAUAUCAAUUUUUAUAUAAUUAC